UAUGAAUUCUCAAUAAAUAUGACAAAUAAAAUAAUUAAAAUAAUGCAUUAUAAUAAAAGUGCAUGAUUUUCUUCUCGAGGAAGUGGUCCCUAUAUUUCAUUUCCCCCAAAUUUUUUUUAAUUCAAAUUCCAGAACUCAUAAUAACACCAAACCUGCCCUUAAUUUCCUCUUCCAGAAUGGAACCCAAUGAAACCAGUCAAACCAGUGUCUUCAAUGAGACUCUGAAGCAGUAGCUAGAUGCAAAAUCGAUAUCAGAAUUUCGUAUUUCUGACAAUUUAGAGCAUUUUAGCUCUGAAAACAGUGAAAAGGGGGCUAACGCUAUAAUCUUAUGCGUGUAGGUAAAACCUAAGUGGCCAUUGUUGGAAUCAAAGUGAUUUAAAUGGCAAGAUCUCAACAGCAUUUUCGUGCUGAUGAGGAGCUGUCAUCCUUGCAUAGUGGCGCCCAAUCGAGGGAUUGGGAUGGACCGGGCAGGUGGACGGAGUACUUGGGUCAUGAUGUGGCCCCUAAAGGCUCUAGAAAUGCUGUCCCUGAAGGAGCUGCUGUCCAGAGCUCUAGCGGGUCUGGUCAAAAAGGGGUAAACAUGCAGUGGGUAUACCAGCUCACCCAAGUAGCCGAGGGGCUGCUGGCCAAAAUGUACAGAUGGAAUCAGAUUUUGGAUCAUCCUGAUGUGGCUGGUCAUGUGUAUUCAGACGUGUUUUGGAAGUCCGGGGUUUUCCCAAACUAUCCCAAGAUAUGUAUAUUCCUCUCAAGAAAGUUCCCUGAGCAUCACAGCAAGUUGCAGCUUGAACGAGUUGACAAAAUAGCUUUGGACGCAAUGAAUGAUGGUGCCGAAGCUCACUUACAAAUUUUAGAACCAUGGAUUAAGCUACUUCUUGACCUGAUGGCGUUUCGGGAACAUGCUUUGAGGCUUAUAUUAGACCUGAGUAGUACAGUAAUUACGUUGUUGCCUAACCAGAACUCUCUUAUACUGCAUGCAUUUAUGGACCUCGUUUGCGCUUUUGUUCGUGUCAAUCUGUUCUCUGAGAAGAUUCCACGGAAAAUGUUGCUGCAAACCUAUAAUCUUUUGCAUGCCACAUCAAGAAAUAAUAGAGACUGUGAUUUGUAUCACCGGUUAAUUCAGUUUAUUGAUUCCUAUGAUCCACCCUUGAAGGGUCUGCACGAAGAUCUCAAUUUUGUCAGUCCUCGCAUUGGAGAGGUACUAGAGGCAGUUGGUCCCAUUAUAUUCUUAUCUGCCGAUACAAGGAAACUGCGGAAUGAGGGUUUUUUAAGCCCAUUCCACCCUCGAUAUCCUGACAUACUUACAAAUUCUGCACAUCCAAUGAGAGCUCAAGAUCUUGGAAAUGUAACUUCUUAUCGUGAAUGGGUAUUGUUUGGUUAUCUUGUUUGUCCCGAUGAGCUCCUAAGGGUCACAAGCAUUGACAUUGCUUCAGUUGUUCUAAAGGAGAACUUAGUUCUUUCCUUGUUUAGAGAUGAGUAUAUACUGUUGCACGAGGACUAUCAGUUAUAUGUUUUGCCUCGGAUAUUGGAGUCAAAGAAGAUGGCAAAGUCUGGACGUACAAAACAAAAAGAAGCUGAUCUGGAGUAUAGUGUUGCUAAGCAGGUUGAGAAAAUGAUAAGUGAAGUGCAUGAGCAAGCACUACAGUCUUGUGAUAUCAUACACCGUGAGAGACGAAUAUUUUUGAAACAAGAGAUUGGAAGAAUGAUUCUCUUUUUUACGGAUCAGCCUAGCUUAUUGGCUCCUAAUAUUCAGAUGGUAUUUUCAGCUUUAGCUUUUGCCCAAAGUGAGGUACUUUGGUACUUUCAACAUGUAGGAGUAGUUCCAUCGAAAUCAAAAACUGCUCGAGUGGUUGCAGUAGAAAUUGAUCCAAGUGAUCCAACCAUUGGAUUCAUAUUAGAUGGAAUGGAGGGCCUUUGUUGUCUAGUGCGGAAGUAUAUUGCAGCAAUUCGAGGCUAUGCCUUAUCGUACCUGUCAUCCUGUGCUGGUAGAAUAAGAUUUCUGUUAGGGACUCCGGGGAUGGUUGCUCUUGACCUUGAAGCAAACCUGAAGGGACUUUUCCAGAAGAUUCUUCAACAGCUAGAAAGCCUACCAAAGCCACACAGUGAAAACGUUUCAGCAAUCACAUGUGAUUUAUCUGAUUUACGCAAAGAUUGGCUAUCAGUAUUGCUGAUUGUUACUUCUGCUCGGUCAUCUAUAAAUAUCAGACAUUUGGAAAAAGCUACUGUUUCUACUGGAAAAGAAGGCUUAUUAUCUGAAGGAAAUGCUGCUUACAACUGGUCUAGGUGUGUUGAUGAACUUGGAGCUCAGUUAUCUAGACAUGGUAGCCUGAAGAAGCUAUACUUCUAUCACCAGCAUCUUACUACAGUCUUCCGUAAUACCAUGUUUGGACCCGAAGGUCGUCCACAACAUUGUUGUGCAUGGCUUGGUGUUGCCAGUAGCUUUCCUGAAUGUGCUUCUUCCAUCAUUCACGAGGAGGUAAAUAAAAUUGGCCGUGAUGCUGUUCUCUAUGUUGAGUCCCUUAUUGAAUCUAUCAUGGGAGGCUUGGAAGGGCUAAUAAAUAUUCUUGACUCUGAAGGUGGAUUUGGUUCUCUCGAGAUGCAGCUUCUACCAGAACAGGCUGCACAUCUCAUGAAUUUGACUUCAAGAAUAUCUACUCCAAUAAAAUCACCAAAGGCGGUGUCUGGGUUUCAUUUGCCUGGCUACGAGAGCUACCCUGAAAACAAUAAUUCUAUAAAGAUGUUAGAAGCAGCCUUGCAGAGGCUAACAAAUCUUUGCUCAGUGUUAAAUGAUAUGGAGCCAAUCUGUGUCUUAAACCAUGUCUUUGUUCUGAGGGAGUACAUGAGGGAAUGUAUACUUGUGAACUUUAGAAGGAGACUGCUAGCCAUUCUUAAAAGUGAUAAUGAUCUUCAACGCCCUUCUGUAUUGGAGUCGCUUAUUCGCAGACACACAGCCAUAGUCCAUCUUGCUGAACAACAUGUUAGCAUGGACCUAACACAUGGUAUUCGUGAAAUUUUACUGACAGAGACAUUCUGUGCCCCAGUUUCAUCUCUACAACUGUUUGAGAAAGCUCCAGAAGAGCCAUACACAGGAUCAGCAACUGAAGCUGUUUGCAAUUGGUACAUGGAAAAUAUUGUCAAGGAUGUCUCUGGUGCUGGUAUCCUCUUUGCGCCACUCCAUAGAUGUUUCAAGAGUUCAAGGCCUGUUGGGGGAUAUUUCGCUGAGUCAAUAACUAAUCUCAGGGAAUUAAGAGCUUUUGUUCGUGUUUUUGGUGGUUAUGGAGUUGAUCAGUUUGGCAGAAUGAUGAAAGAGCACACAGCAGCGCUACUGAACUGCAUUGACACAUCACUACGGGCCAACCAUGAGAUUUUGGAAGCAGUUGCUGGAAGCAUGCAUUCCGGUGACCGGAUCGAACGAGACACAAAUAUCAAACAGAUUGUUGAUAUGGACACAAUGGUUGGGUUCUGUGUACAGGCCGGGGAGGCCAUUGCAUUUGACUGUCUUUUAGCAGAAGCAGCUGGAUCUGUACUGCAAGAAGGUGCUCCUCUAAUACACUCUUUACUAACAGGGGUUGCUAAGCAUUUGCCUGAGGAAAUGCCUGAAAAAAUGGAAAUACGAAGAUUGAGGAGGGUGAUAAACAGCAUGACUCUAACCGAUGAUCAUGAGUCAGAGUGGAUCAAAUCAAUUCUUGAAGAAGUUGGGGGUGCAAGUGAUGGUUCAUGGAGCUUGUUGCCAUAUUUAUUUGCCACAUUUAUGACCUCAAACAUUUGGAGUACGUCAACUUUCAAUGUUGAUACAGGUGGCUUUAACAACAACAUACACUGCUUGGCAAGGUGCAUUUGUGCUGUUAUUGCAGGAAGUGAAUUCGUCAGGCUUGAAAGAGAGCUUCAGCAGAAUCAGUCUUUUUCAAAUGGACUUGCUGAUGAGGCAUUGGACCCUGCUGACAUACAGAACCGUUCAUCUAUCAAGGCAAGCAUCAAGUCUACAAUGCAACUCUUUGUCAAAUUCUCUUCCGGAAUCAUCCUGGAUUGUUGGAAUGAACAUAACAGAUGUAGUAGUAUUGUAGCAAAGCUAAUCUUCUUGGACCAAGUUUGUGAGAUCUCUCCGUACCUUCCAAGAAGCACGCUAGAAGCCCACAUCCCUUACGCCAUUCUUCGCUCCAUCUACACCCAGUACUAUUCAAACUCCUCUCCUGGCCCACUCCCACUUCUGAACGAAUCUCCCCACCGCCAUUCCCCUGCUGCUGCUGCGCUGGCUCAUUCGUCUCCGAGGCGGAACUCGCCCCGUGAAUAUUCGCCCCACGCAAGCCUUAAUGAUUCCGGCCACUUCAGUAAGGCAUCAUCAACAGUGGGGUUAAGCCACCAGAUGGAAAUUAGGCAUAGGGAUUUGAGGCAAUCCGGGCCGUUGGAUUAUGGUGCCAGUCGCAAAGCAAAACUUAUGGAGGGAUCCACGUCAUCGAGCACGAAGGGACCGAGUUCCAAGUCUGGUCCUAUAUCAUACAAGUACAACAGCAAAUAAGAGCUCAUCCCAGCCUAGCAUAGCCUAACCAAGUCAUGUUGAUGUAAGUUUGCUUCUUUUCUUUUAUGAAACUUGACAAUCUGACUUA